GGUGGACUCAGACUCAGAGCGCAGCGAUGACGGGCAAAUCUGUGAAAGACGUUGACAGAUACCAGGCGGUGCUCAACUCUCUGCUGGCGCUGGAGGAGAACAAAUACUGCGCCGACUGCGAAUCUAAAGGUCCGAGAUGGGCUUCCUGGAAUUUAGGCAUCUUCGUUUGCAUCCGCUGUGCUGGGAUUCAUCGAAAUCUUGGGGUCCACAUCUCAAAGGUCAAGUCUGUCAACUUGGAUCAGUGGACACAGGAGCAGGUCCAGUGCGUUCAAGAGAUGGGAAACGCCAAGGCCAAGCGUCUCUACGAGGCCUUUUUACCUGAAUGCUUCCAGAGGCCCGAGACAGACCAAGCUGCAGAGAUCUUCAUCAGGGACAAGUAUGAGAAAAAGAAGUACAUGGAUAAGGUCAUUGACAUCCAGAUGCUCAGGAAAGAAAAAAGUUGUGACAACAUUCCUAAGGAGCCUGUUGUGUUUGAGAAAAUGAAACUGAAAAAAGACAUGAGCCCGAAGACAGAUUCCCAGGCCGUUACAGAUCUACUUGGACUCGAUGCUCCUACUCCCAGUCCUGCGGUGUCUAAUGGUGGAGGAUGUGUUCCAGACAGUAACGAGAGCCCGGCAGCGUCGAAUCCAGCUCAGGCACAAUCUGCUCUGGAUCUCUUUGGUUCUCUUCCAGCCCCAUCCUCAGUGUCCUCUAUGAAAACUACGCCUGCAUCUGGCUCCUUGCCUCAAAGCAGAGUGACCGCCUCAGUGCCUGAAAACCUCAGCUUGUUCAUGGAUCCAAAACCCAAAGCCGAGGAAGGCGCCGUCAAGAAGCUAUCCAAGGACUCCAUCCUGUCGCUGUACGCCUCCACGCCCUCGCUGCACGCCAGCGGUAUGGCCACACACGGCUUAUAUAUGAACAGGAUGGGAUUCCCGACACAUCCUUACGGCCCAUACCAUUCGUUAGCCCAGGUUGGGGGGAUGGGAGGCGCCAUGAUGACGUCACAAAUGGCCAUGAUGGGUCAGCAGCAGAGCGGCUUAAUUGGGGUUCACCAGAACAGCAUGAUCGGAGCCCAGCAGAACUGCAUGAUGGGACAGCAGAACGGAUUAAUGGGCGCUCAGGGUGUCAUGGCUCAGCCAAGCGGGGUUGUGGCAACACCUUACAUGACAGGGAUGGGUCAGGGAAUUAUGGGACAGCAGCAAAGUGGGAUGGUCUUGCAGCAGCAGCAGAAUGGAGCGUUGGCUCCACAGCAGAGUGGGAUGAUGGGACAGCAGCAGGUUGGAGGCAUGGCCCCGUUACCUCACCAGCAAAUGUACGGAGUGCAACAAGGCCAGCAGCUUCAGUGGAACAUGGCUCAGAUGACUCAGCAAGUAGCUGGCAUGAAUCUGUACAGCACCAACGGCAUGGCAGGAUACGGGAGCCAGCACACAGGAAGCUCAACGGCUCCCAGUUCGGCACACAUGACGGCACACGUCUGGAAGUGAUUUUAUACACCUGAAAGCUGCAGGAACAUCUUCAAGAUGGGAGGCAACGGACGGAUUGGGGACAACGUGAAACAUUUUUGAAACGCAAGGCAACAGGAGGAGGAGAAGACGGGCGUGAAGAAGAUUUGGGAAAUGAUUACUACCUCUGUCUCUCUCUCUCUCUCCUCUCUACCUAAGCCUCCUCUCGCUGUCCCAUUCAUAGCCAUGUUCUGCAAAUUUCCAUGUUUGCCUUCAGGACAUUUUGGUACCAAGCCAACAGGGUUCAGAGACCAUUGCUUAGGCAUUCACACCUUUAUUUGUAUCUAACCGUUAUAUGAGAGUAUCUCCAUAUCCCCCACAUGUGUAUUCAGUAGGUGUGAAGAAGCUGUUUUUGCUUUUGGAAAAUAUCUUUUCAUUUAUUUAUUUCAUUUUUUAUUUUUUUACCCUGAGGUUGAGCACAGAAAUUCGCCUAUCCUAAAAGUCGAAUUUAUUGAGACAAGACAAAGAAAAUAUUAGGCACCUUGUGGGAUUUGUUUGUAAUCUAUGCACCGUCAGGGUUUCCUGAUCCAAGCUCAUUCAAAAGGACAACUGCUACAUAUCAGCAUGAACCAUGUGUCAAGCAGCGGCUGCAAUAGGAAAUGGUUUGUUAUCAACACAAAAACUGAGUGCAGAAUCCAGCUUAAAGUACUUUUUUUUUUACAGAUGUUAGUAAACAGUUAAUUAUAAACGCAUAAAAUAACAAAAAUUGACUAGCCUAAUUUCCCUUUUCAAGUGGUAUUUAAGGAAACAAAUAAACAGUUUACCAUUCCACUGUAUUGUGAAUGGUUAAACAGGCUAAUACAAGCUAUGCUAAUUUUCCCUAUUCUUGUAGCUAGCAAAAAUAUUCUGAGUCAGGAUUUUUAAACUAUCACAAAUUACUCUGAUGUAAAUCCAUGUCCAUUUAGUAUAUAUACUUUCUUGCAAGUAGAAGAAACUGCUGCUAAUUACUCCACCUGAGAAUCAAUAUAAAGCAAUGAGGCUAAUUUCCCAUUUUUUAGUGGUACGCUAAGGUUUGCUCAAAAUGUGUUUUUAGGUGUACAACGCCACACAAUAUAUCCACAUAACUUCCAGAAUAACACAAAUAAUGGAAAAGUUAAUUUCCUAUUUAUAGGAUAUUACCUUACAAGAGAAAUGAAAUAUAUUUUAUAGGAACAGACAGAAAUCAAGCUAAAAUAAACUAGGCUAAUUUUCCUUUUCCAUUAGGAUGCUAAAAUUUGCUCAUUAUUUCUAUUUUAGUGUGCAGGGUAGCAAAUAAAUAAGAAGAACAUUUCUAAAUGGUCACAAAUGACUUUUUUCUCAAUAGUGAAAGAAACUGCUGCUAACUGUUUGAUAUGAUCAACUAAAAGUAACGUUAAAACAAACUAUGCUAAUCCUUUUUCAGGAUUAGGAUACUAACGUGCUUAGAAUUUCUCUCUUUUUUGUGCACAGGAUCAAAAAAAACAAAAACAUAUUUUCCAAAUCUUUGGCAAAUGUCCUCUUUUAAAAAAUAGUAAGUAAAGAAUAUUAUGAUGUCCAAUUUACCACAAAUUUCCAAAUAUUUUGAGCAAAGUGUCGCAAAUGAAGCACAUUCCUAAAACUGAGCUGAAACAAGCUUUGUUCCAGAGGGAUGCUAAAAUUAGCUCAAUAUAUCUUUACAAUGUAAUGAAAUAAACAGCUAGAAUGUGGUGACUUAUGGCUACUCAUUUUGAGGAGAUAGUCGUAUUUAAAGUGUAUUUUCUAAUCUCAUUUCCAAUGAGCAGCCAUGACUUAAUUUAAAGCAGGCUAGGCUAAUUUUUCCUUUUCCAGUAGUAUGCUAAAAUAAGCUAUGUAUAUUAGCAAUCACAUGAUUUCCCAAAAGUUUUAAAUCACUUGAAUGGCUUUAAUGUUCUUUAUUUCUUUUGUUUCUGUAAAAGGAAUAAAAGAAAAUCGGUCCCAAGUGAAAAUAUAUAUAUUUUUAAAUCCCUUUAAGUGUUUGAGUUCCUAGAGCAACAUUGUUUUGAAACCUAGAACAGCAACAAAGAUUACCUAAACAACAUUUCUAUAUGAUGUCUGCUUUUGAAAAUACUGAGGGCUUCAUUUAAAUUAUUAAUAAAAUGUCAAAAGAAAAAGUCCUAUACCGGAUUUUUGCAGACCAAAGAUUAGCACUAGCUUUACUAAGACUGUACAGUAUUUUAUUUUUCUUUUCUCAAAUUGCCACCUACCUAGUGACUAGUAUAAAAAUGACCAUGGCAUUUGAGCUGUGUGUCUUUGGGAAUACCUGCUGUUACACUUCACUGUGCUAUUGCCUCAGAAAGGGUGGGACACUCUCGAAAGAUCGCAUGCUUUUGUCGUCCUGUAACUGCUCAAACACCGUAAGCCGACUAUCCACCUUGUACAAUUGUGGCCUCAAACAACGUUGAAUGUCCCGAAGCGAGAGUGAAACCAAGGAGGGGGUGAUUAUCAGUCACGUUUCAGAUACUUCCACAGAACUGCAUGAAAAGAAUGUCUAUCCACCGUCGACUGUGCGUACUGUACGUUUUCAGAUUACCAGAUGUUUCUAUCUACUGUAUAUUCUAAUCAGUCUGUGACCAAGACUAACAAAACUAUCAAUGAAUGUGUGUCAUGAAUGUUCUCCUGAUUGUAAAGGGUACACAGACUUGACUAUUGCUGCCAUUGUUGUUGUUUUGGGUUUUUUUAAAUUAUUAUUUUAAUAUUAUUUGAAUGCGUCCAACAGUGUGGACUUGUCUUUUGGAUGUCCUGUGGUGGAAUGAAUGCCUUUUUCAUCAGGUUCUGUUCCAUCGUCAUUUCGCCGCUGUGUUGGGAGCAAACUGUGAUCAGACUGAUUUAGUCAUUUUUUUCAGGUGAUUCAGGAACACUUACAGUCUGGCCAACGUACAAUGUGAAGUGGAAAAGAGAAUGUGCGUAAACAAAUCUACCACCUCGCAAACCUUCAGAGAACCUCGUCUUUAUCUUCGCCGUUUACAAUUGCUCUUCCUUUGAAAUGCAUGAAACCGUUGCUGAAAACUCUCUUCAGUUUUUCCACACUUGGUUAUCUUCUGUUUUAAUCGGUUUUGGUUCUUAAGUCACUGCUUUUUAUGCCUAAAGUGAGAGACUCACUGUAAUAUCUGCACACACUGCAACUUUCACAGCUCUGUUCUUUAAAGCUAUAUUCUUUUUUCUUUUUCAGUCGAGCUAAAUUUGGGGGGGAAGCACGUGACAAAAAUCGCUGGCUCGGCAGAAACUGAUAUUGAUCUGCUCAGAUUGUACACUGUAAUAGGAGAUUUUGUUGGAGAACACUGAGGACUUCAUGGAAAAAGUUCCCUUGCGUCCAGUCCUUUUUUGUGUGUUUCUGUUACAUUUCCUGGGAAAUGAAAGAAAAUGAAGGAAUGUACAUUUUUGUCAUGUCAAUAUGUAGUGAGGUUUUAUUCUUUAAUAGGAUGCCUGUACAUUACAUUCAUAAACGAGAUUGAUGGAAACGUUCUGUAUAUUAGCUCUGCAUUUUUUUUCACAUGCUUUGCCUCUUUUAGUUUUACGUCUUCAUGAAAUCAAUAAAUAAAAAGUUUGAUUAAAAAUA